AUGGAUAAAAAAUCAUCAGAAAAAGAAUUGUUAGACAAUGAUGAUCAAUCAAAAUCUUUAAUAAAACAGAUUUAUUCAGUAAUUCGUGAAAAUUGGCUUGCAUUUCUAUUUGCAUUAAUUAUAAGUUUAAUAAUAAUAAUUGUUGUUCCUAUUGUUUAUUCAAUUGAGACAAAAGUUUCUAGAAAUAAUGGUUCAAAUUUAGCUUGGAAUGUAACAGGAAUAACAAUUUUUAAUAGAACACUUCUUGCAUCGCAAUCGCCAAAUUUAUCCUUAGGAUUAAUAUCUGCAAUAGGAUUUGAUAGUAAUUCAAAUCUUUACAUUGUGGAUAAAACAUAUCAUAGAGUUUAUCAAUUAAAUGAAAAUUAUCAAUUUUUAACAUUUAUUGGCUCUGAAAAUGGUUUAGCAGGAUCUGAUUUAAAUUCUUUAAAUUCUCCCAAUGAUAUUUAUAUUGCUUCACCGAAUAAAAUUUAUAUUGCUGAUACAAACAACAGUAGAAUUGUUUGUUGGGAUCCCUCCUAUAGAAAUCUAAGCCUUGUUUAUGGUUCAAAUAAUUCACCAGCAAGUCCAUUAAAUAGUCCAAUGUCAGUAACAAUGGAUUCAAAUUCAAUAAUGUAUGUAGCUGAUUAUGGAAAUAAUCGUAUUGUAUCAUUUAAUAUAAGUGAUAAAACUCCAAAAUUCUCACUUAAGUUAGCAAAUAAUCAAAAUAAUGAACGAGAAACAUAUGUUACAACACCAAUAACAAUUAAAUAUGAUAUAACAAUGGAUUCAAUUAUUAUUGCUCAAGAAACAGGUUAUAAUGUUGUUCGAUGGGAUACAAGUUCAACGCCAGCAACAUGGACAUUAAUUGCUGGAUCAGCCAGUAGUGAACUUAGUGGAACAUCAAGAACAUUAUUUAAUAAAGUUUGUUAUGCUAAUGUUGAUCGAUAUGGAAAUACAUAUGUUGCUGAUUGUUACAAUCAACGUAUACAAUAUUAUCAAGGAGAUUUAACUAAAGGAAGAACAAUUGCUGGUGUCAUUUUAGCUCAAGGAACAAAUCCUUAUUUAUUUAAUCAACCAACAUCAGUUACUCUUGAUAACGAUAAUAAUCUUUAUGUUUCAGAUUCCAAUAAUUAUCGAAUACAAAAAUUUGUAACAGUUUAA